AUGAAGUGUCUGCAGAUAACCAAAGGAGGGCUGGCGAAUUCGGAUAUUCUCUGCGUGGGAAGCAGAGGAAUUGUAUUUUCUCUGAAGGGGGAAAGACUGAAGAGGAAGAGGCGGACAAUAAUGAUGAGUGUGAGGGACCAGGCAGCCAAUCAGAGGAAGCCAGAAGGGAUUUUCUACAGAGAGGAGUUUGGAUUCUUUAUGAAAAGGAAGUAUUGUCGGCAGUUUGGCGGGGAAAUAUCUCAGACGUGGACAGAGUGGAAAAACAGAGGAACGCGGAAAGAAAAACAGAGGAGAUAG